AUGUCGCCAUCCCUCAAGAUGGCCUCCGGCCUGCUCGGCCGAGCCACCAGGCAGCUGGCCGCCGUCGAAGCUAUUCCCUCAUCACGAACCAUCCCGAUCCUGCGCUCUACCAUGCAAUGCCGAAGCUACGCCCAGGCGCAGCGUCCUCGCUGCCAGAACGCCCCGGUGUCCUUCAUUCGCAAUCAAUUCUCUACAACCGCCUUCCGAGCGCGUGCCAAGACCAUGGGUCAACUACGCCAGCGCAACUCGACCGGCCCGUUCUCCUGGAAGGCGGCGGCGCUCUUCAUCCUGACUGGCGCAGGCAUGAUGCUUUACUUCCGGGUUGAAAAGGCGCGCCUCGAGCGGAAGCGGAUCGCGGAGAUGAGCAAGGGUGUUGGGCGGCCGAAGGUGGGCGGGCCAUUCGUGCUGAAGGACACGGAUGGGAAGGAGUUCACGGCUGAAGAUCUGAAGGGGAAAUACGCCUUUGUCUACUUCGGUUUCACUCACUGCCCUGAUAUUUGCCCCGACGAGCUAGACAAGAUGGCCGAGAUCAUUGACAAAGUCAAGGAAGCUACCAAGGACGACAAGCUGUUCCUCCCCGUGUUCAUUACCUGUGACCCUGCCCGUGACACUCCUCAGGUUCUUCGGGAGUAUCUGAAGGAGUUCCAUCCGGAUAUUGUUGGUUUGACUGGUACCUACGAGCAGGUGAAGCAUGUCUGCAAGCAGUACCGGGUGUACUUCAGUACGCCCAGGGACGUUAAGCCUGGCGAGGAUUACCUUGUUGACCACAGUAUCUACUUCUAUCUGAUGGACCCUGAUAAUGACUUCGUGGAGUGCAUUGGCCGACAGGAUACCCCCGAGUCAGCCUCUAAGGUGAUUCUGGAGCACAUUAACGAUUGGAAGCGAGAAGGUCGGCCACUCAAGACCGAGUAA